CUCGCCCGGAGCGCAGGGUGUCUGCCCCGCUGGGCGCCGCGCGCGGAGGCUCCCGCGCCUGCCGCUGCGCCCUCCAGCCCCAGCUCCUUGCGCCGGCCCGCGCGGGUCCCGGUGGGCGCGAACCCACCAUGCAGCUGCAGUUCCGGAGCUGGAUGCUGGCUGCGCUCACGCUGCUCGUGGUCUUCCUCAUCUUCGCAGACAUCUCGGAGAUCGAAGAAGAAAUCGGGAAUUCUGGAGGCAGAGGUACAAUCAGAUCAGCUGUGAACAGCUUACAUAGCAAAUCUAAUAGAGCUGAAGUUGUAAUAAAUGGCUCCUCGUCCCCGGCUGUUGUUGACAGAAGUAAUGAAGGCUUUAAGCGCAACAUCCAACCAGCCUCGGCCAAGUGGAGACACAACCAAACGCUCUCUCUGAGGAUCAGGAAGCAAAUCUUAAAGUUCUUGGAUGCUGAAAAGGACAUUUCUGUCCUCAAGGGGACCCUGAAACCCGGAGAUAUUAUUCAUUACAUCUUCGACCGAGACAGCACAAUGAACGUGUCCCAGAACCUCUAUGAGCUCCUCCCCAGAACCUCUCCACUGAAGAACAAGCACUUCGGGACUUGUGCCAUCGUGGGCAACUCCGGGGUCUUGCUGAACAGCGGCUGCGGGCAGGAGAUUGACACACACAGCUUUGUCAUAAGGUGCAACCUGGCCCCGGUGCAGGAGUACGCCCAGGAUGUGGGGCUCAAGACAGACCUGGUGACCAUGAACCCCUCUGUCAUCCAGCGGGCCUUCGAGGACUUGGUCAACGCCACGUGGCGGGAGAAGCUGCUGCAGCGGCUGCACAGCCUCAACGGCAGCAUCCUGUGGAUCCCCGCCUUCAUGGCCAGGGGCGGCAAGGAGCGGGUCGAGUGGGUCAACGAGCUCAUCCUGAAGCACCGCGUCAACGUGCGUACUGCGUACCCCUCUCUGCGCCUGCUGCACGCCGUCCGCGGAUACUGGCUGACUAACAAAGUUCACAUCAAAAGACCCACCACGGGCCUCUUGAUGUACACCCUGGCCACGCGUUUCUGCAACCAGAUCUACCUCUAUGGCUUCUGGCCCUUUCCGCUAGAUCAGAACCAGAACCCCGUCAAGUACCACUAUUACGACAGCCUCAAGUACGGCUACACUUCCCAGGCCGGUCCCCAUACCAUGCCCUUGGAGUUCAAGGCCCUGAAGAACCUGCACGAGCAGGGGGCUUUGAAACUGACUGUCGGCCAGUGCGACGGGGCCACGUAAGCGUUAGGCAGAUAAGCCACAG